UCCUUUCAAAAUUUUAAAAAUGUUUGCUGCCAGGUUCAUUAAAAAUACGCGCGCUUUGUUGUGAAAUGUUGUAAACAUUUUUUCUACCAUUCACAAGACCAACGCAAUAUCAGCUGUUCGUAUGUAAAAACAUCAGAUUAAGAAGAAGAACCGGAACGUUGAGAAAGAAACAAGCAGAAGCGAAAGAAGCAAUUACAUAAAAACAAAGAGCGGCAUUUACAACGUGCUUUCCUGCAUUUAGUGCAAUUAAAAGCCGCGCACCAUCAGAAGUUCUGUGGGGAAGUUGUUAACAGAAGUAUGAUAGGAUAUCAUUACUUUGAUGUGCAACUGAAAUUUCGUGAUUUUGAUACCGUUGAGCUGACCCCCAUCUAUUUUCGGGGCUGCGUUUUAAACUCGCUGGAAAGUUUCUUUGGUGAAAUUGGCGGGAAGACCACUUUGGAUAUAAUCAAAUUUAGCGUAGAGCAGCGACGUGUUGUUUUCCGGGUGCCCGAAGAGUUCUUUAAGCGCACGCAUACAGCAAUUACAUUGAUUGGGCAUUACCAGAAAGUGCCCUGUCAUUUUCGAGUUUUAAAAACAUCUAAAACGCCCCUGGACUUUCAGAAGGAUAUUGGAGAAAACGAUAAUUGUGAAGAAUCGCAGAUAGACGAUUGUCAACUAUAAGCAUGGCGUUCUCGUAUU